ACAGAUUGUUUUGUUGUUGUUUUCAAUAAGACACUGCUGUAAUGAGGUUCUGCCACAGGGGGGCGGUAAGCGUUUGGCGCUAUCUUAGUUUAACCUUUUACAACAGUUAUUCCGGUGAACAGUUCAGCUGCCUCUGAAUGCUGCAACAUUGCAAAUAAAGGCAGCAAAGAUGGAGUCCGGUGAGGAGGGCGGCGUCAGUGUCGGCGGCUCUGUGGGAGAGGAGAACUACUUCCUCGGAUACACCUUCACUGACCGCUCUCAUUCCAGCCGCGUGGUGAAGAGCAUCAUGGAUCUGUGCCUGGAGGACGGCCUGUUUGCAGAUGUCACCGUCACUGUGGAUGAAAGGCAGUUUCACCUGCACCGGCUGGUGCUGUCAGCGCAGAGCAGCUUCUUCCGCUCCAUGUUCACCUCCAACCUCAAAGAGUCCCACAACCGCUUCAUCGAGCUGAAGGACGUGAGUGCCUCCGUCUUCCAGCUGCUGGUCGACUACAUCUACCACGGCACCAUCAAGCUGCGGGUGGAGGAGCUGCAGGAUACCUAUGAGAUGGCGGAUAUGUACCAGCUGACGGCUCUGUUUGAGGAAUGCUCCCGCUUCCUCUCGCGGACGGUGGAGGUCAAGAAUUGCUUACAGGUGAUGUGGCUCGCAGACAGACACAGUGACCAGGAGCUGUAUACCGCAGCCAAGCAAUGUGCUAAAAUCCACCUCGCUCAGCUACAUCAGACUGAAGAAUAUCUCAAUCUGCCCCUCUGCCUGCUGCUUGACAUCAUCAAGGAUGGUGUUCCCAGCUCCCAGAAUCCAAAAAUGGCCAUCGAGUCGUGGAUAAACCACAACAAGGUUGAGAGGGAGGAGUUCUCCUGCCUUCUCCAGGAGAAUCUGAAGGAAAUUGGGGAGAACGUCCACAUCUAUCUGAUCGGUAAAGAGGAGACGAGGACUCACUCCCUUGCCGUUUCUCUGCAUUGUGAUGAGGACGAUGCGAUCAGCGUGAGUGGCCAGAACAGUCUCUGCCAUCAGAUUACCGCCGCCUGUAAACAUGGCGGGGACCUAUACGUGGUGGGGGGGUCCAUCCCCCGCCGCAUGUGGAAGUGCAACAUGCACACCAUGGACUGGGAGCGCUGUGCACCGUUGCCUAGAGACCGCCUCCACCACACCAUGGUGUCUGUGGCCUCUGAAGACACCAUCUACUCCCUGGGCGGGAAGACGUUGCAGGACACGCUGUCGAACGCCAUCAUUUACUACACAGUGAAGGACAACAUGUGGACAGAGACGAGCCAGUUGGACACAGCCGUGUCUGGGGCCGCUGGCGUCAACCUGGGAGGAACCAUUUACCUGCUCGGAGGCGAGGAGAACGACAUGGACUUUUUCACAAAGCCGUCCCGUCUCAUCCAGUGCUUCGACACCUCCUCCCAGAAGUGCCAGAUCAAACCAUACAUGCUGCCGUUUGCGGGCUGCAUGCACGCCGCCGUCCACAUGGACGUCAUCUUCAUCGUAGGUGAAGGGGACUCGCUGGUGUGCUACAACCCUCUGCUGGAGAGCUUCACGCGGCUGCGCUUCCCAGAGGUGUGGAGCUGCAUCCCUUCUCUGUGGAAGGUGGCCAGCUGUAACGGCUGCAUAUACGUCUUCAGGGACAAGUGUAAGAAAGGCGACGCUAACACGUUAAAGUUUAACCCGGCCACAUCUGUGGUCUCGGUUAUCAAAGGUAUAAAAAUCCUCCUAACGAACUGGCAGUUUGUACUGGCCUGAGGAUUUCCAAUCUACGGUCCACAAUCAUCACAAUGAAUCAGGUGAGAGACGUUGGUGUGACUUACAGUGACUUCAGAUCUGCUAAAAAGAUUCCCACUCAGCUGUGUUAGCCAUUCCAAAAGCUCAGCUGUGUAUGUGAGAUGCUUCUGUAUCAGCGUGUUGUUGUGCAUCUCUUAGCUGGGGACCGAAUGUGUCGUAACACUGUGAGCAGUGAUGAUCAAAGCUGUUGUUUCCUGUGCACUGCUCGUAUAUUAACAUGCAUGAAAUGCUUUAGUGGUCAGUAAAAAACUCCUCACUGAAUUGUAAUCAUCAGGCUGCUGAAAGUGGCUAAAUCUUCACACAUUUUAAGUCUGUAAACAUAAUAUCAGAGAAUGUUUUGUAGCUUUUCAACGUUUACAUUUUUAUGUGUGCUGUACUGGUUCGAGUUCAUGUGUUCUGAUAAAUGGUAAAACCUG